AUGAAUAGUUAUGGUGAUGGCUCAAAGAGACCAGCCAAGGAGGAAACUUGUAUGAUUUCUGUGAAUAAAGUGAUUAUAGUGCUCGGGGAGAAAAAAAUUCCUGAGGGUAGAAAUGCUCCCCGCAUGAAGGGUGGAGCCAUGGCAGUUAGGCAGACUGAGUUGGUGAAGAAGCAUAGCUUACCACCAGGGAUGACCCUGACUAUAGGCGGCGUAGGCGAUCAUCUAAGGCCUCCUUUUGACGAGGAUCCCAAAUUAUCUAAAACUCCUUUCAUGCCUCCUGCUAAGAAGCAGAAAAUCACUUCUAACAAGGUCAAGAAAGAACCAGUUAAGCCUGUAAAAAGUAAUGUUGAGAUACGAAAAUUGGAAGCAGAGUUGGAGGUGUUGAUGGAAGAAUUGCCUGAAGAUAUUAUUAAUUUCUUGAAAAGAGAUCACUUUGAUCAAUGGAAGCCAAGUGAAUGA